AUCCAAGUUCGAACCCUCUCACAGUAUCAUUAUCCCGUCGCUUUCUUUCAGUCGCCACCAAAGCAGAAACGUCCUGAAUUAACAAACAAAUUGGAAACCCAAGGCGAAUAAUUAAAAUACUCCCCAACACACAGAGAAAAGCAGGAGAUUCCUUCUCGAUUCUGGCCAAGUCAGACCGCAGGAAAAGCUGGGCAGUUCUACUCUGUUGAUCAAACCCAUACUUCCGCCCCUCGGAAUCAUCUCCAGAAAAACAUGGAAAAUCCAGCAAUUUGAUAAUAGUCUAAACUCAUUCUUCCAUUUUAGCAGCUCGUCCAUCGCCACGAAAAGUCAGUCACCCACCAACUGGCAACUGCGGCUCAGCUGGGUAGCUAGUUGUCAUCUCCCACAAGUAACCCCCUUCCCCUUUAUCCCCUCUACUCUUCUUCACCCAUCGAUUCUCAAAAGGCCAAAUCGAGAAAGUAGUCCUCAUGGCCCGCCAGCAGAGCUCCCAAACUCCACUUCUGGGUACCGAUAAUGGCGUCUCGCCUUUUAAGAAGCGGAAUUGGGGCAAAAUAGCUCUGUUCCUGAUUCCUGCCUUGUUAGCCAUCGUUGCUCUGCUGGGAGUAUUCCUUUUGGGCGAUGUGAAUCCCCUGUUUCGAUUGAAUGGGAAUAGAGCUAUUGAAGGUGAUGAGAAUGCAGAAAUUGAGUCGGAGAAUGGAGUUGUGGCAGCAGAUGAUGCCAGGUGCUCUCAAAUUGGCGCUUCAGUUCUCAGGCAAGGCGGACAUGCCGUCGAUGCAGCAGUCGCCACGGUGUUGUGCCUCGGAGUAGUGAAUGCCAUGGCGAGUGGGAUCGGUGGCGGUGGUUUCAUGGUCGUCAGGUCUUCUUCCACUUCCAAAGUUCGAGCUUUCGACAUGAGAGAAACUGCCCCUUCUGCUGCUACAAAGAACAUGUAUGCAAAUGACAUUGGCGCCAAGUACUUAGGUCCACUAUCAAUGGGGGUUCCUGGCGAGAUAGCUGGCCUUCAUGAAGCUUGGCAGCAAUAUGGCCGCUUGCCAUGGAAGUCCUUAUUCCAACCUGCAAUAAAACUCGCCAAAGAUGGCUUUGUGGUCGCUCCUUACUUAGCCCUGUCCAUAGCCGAAAGCACCAAGAUCCUGAACGAUCCCGGAUUGCAGAAAGUGUUUGCACCCGGUAACAAGCUAUUGAAAGCCGGCGAUGUAUGCUACAAUGCAGAGCUAGCUCGAACGUUGGAAGCCAUUUCCGAGCAUGGGCCAGAGGUGUUCUACAAUGGCAGUGUGGGUGAGAACCUGGUGAAGGAUGUGAGGAAAGCUGGAGGGAUAAUAAAGAUGGAGGAUUUGAAGAACUACAGGGUGAGAGUCACUGAUGCAGUUGCUGUGGAUGCCAUGGGUUACACCAUACAUGGAAUGCCUUCUCCUUCUAGUGGAACUCUUGGGAUGUCGCUGGUGAUGAACAUCUUCAAAAGCUAUGGAAGUGUUGAUGCUGCGAAAGGGGGAAUCGGUCUGCACCGGCUGAUCGAAUCGUUGAAGCACAUGUUUGCACUGAGAAUGAACCUGGGAGAUCCUGAUUUUGUUGAUAUUACUAAGGUUCAAGCUCAGAUGCUUUCUCCGUCAUUUGGUGAGAAGAUUCAGAAGCUGAUAUUUGACAACACUACUUUCCCGCCGGAGUAUUACAUGCACAAGUGGAGUCAGCUGAGAGAUCAUGGAACCAGCCAUUUAUGCAUUGUUGAUGGGGAGAGAAAUGCUGUGUCGAUGACGACGACUGUGAACUAUGGAUUUGGAGCUGGGUUGCUGUCUCCUUCGACUGGGAUCGUGAUCAACAACGAGAUGGGCGAUUUCUCAGCUCCAACCGAGAUAUCUGCUGAUCAGCUCCCUCCUGCGCCUGCAAACUUCAUCGAACCAAAUAAGCGGCCAUUAUCUUCCAUGACACCUAUUAUAGUUACCAAGGGCAAUCAGCUGGCUGGAGUGCUUGGAGGAAGCGGCGGCUUGUACAUCAUUCCCGCAAUAGUACAAGUCUUCAUCAACCAUUUUGUGCUUGGGAUGGAACCUUUACAUGCAGUCCUAAGUCCAAGGGUUUACCACGAAUUGAUACCAAAUGUGGUCAAGUACGAGAACUGGACUUUGCUAUGCGGGGAUCACAUAGAGCUUGCAGACCAGAGGAAGGAUUUCUUGAGAGAAAGGGGUCAUGAAUUGAAUGCACAUGCAGGUGGAGCCAUAGUGCAGCUUGUUGUUCAGUCUCUACAAAACCCGAUUAAACGAAAGACGAAUGUUGGCGACAAUACAGUAAUCCAUGGAAUGCUAACUGCAGUAAGUGACCUACGGAAGGAUGGCAGGCCAGCAGCUGCCUGAUCAAUUCGAAACUGUUCCCUACAUCUUUAGGACUAUUGGCCAACAAUGCAUGGCAGGUGUAAUUAAGUGAUUCUAAGGGGGUCUCUAAAGCCCUGAAGUAUAUGUACAUUCAAGAUGGCAAACGAUCAAAGGUCAAACUCUAUUUCAUCUGGCAAUUAAUCUGUGAAAUAAAUCUGUCAUUCUAAGGCACAUCAUCGGUUACUAUGAGCUAAACAAAACGUUGAGAAUCUC